CUCGUAACGGCCAAGCCCAGCGCUCCUCACCACCCAGAGGGCAUGGUGGCAGGAGACCAGCCGCAGGGGCUGCCAACGGGUAGCAAGAACCAGCACCAGCGACGGCUCUCCAAAACCCCCCAUCAGGGGGACUGGAGACCCAUCCGGGACCGCAACACAAGGCGGAAGUCCGGCAAAAAGCUCCAGGCUAUCAUCUGCAUUCUCCUCGUGGAGCUCUGCGAGAGGUUCUCCUUUUUUGGCAUCGUCUGCAAUAUGAUGAUCUUCUGCACGGUGAAGUUGGGCUAUGGGAACUACCUGGCUGCAACGGUGAACCUGUGCUUCGUAGGGGUCAGCACCCUCACCCCGGUCCUGGUCGGCUGGUUCGCAGAAACCUACCUGGGGAGGACUAAGGUGCUCUACUUCUGUGCCUUCCUUCAUUUCUUUGGAACAGCCAUGCUGCCUGUUGUGGCAUUCCCCUUUGAAGACUUCUACAUUGACACCCACCAUAUGACCCACCAACUGAACCGACGGGAGCAGCAGAUCCUAUUCUACACAGGCCUCCUGGCCGCUGCCCUGGGCAUCGGGGGAAUCCGGGCCAUCCUUUGCCCGAUGGGGGCCUACAGUCUGCAGGGAUACAAUCAACACCAGCUUCUGUCCUUCUUUAACUGGUUCUACUGGCUGGUCAACUUGAAUUCCACCAUUGUAUUUCUGGCCAUCGCCUACAUACAGCAGUCCGUCGGUCAGAAUUUGGGAUUCCUCAUCCCCUUCACCUCUGUGCUGCUGGCCCUGAUCGCCAUCCACAUGAUACGUAACAACCUCACCUUUAAGCCAAAGAAAGGGGGUUCACUUCUGACCACAUUUGGAGUUUUUCUCAACUCUGUUAAAAUGUGCUGCCUUCAUUCUCGACACCUGAGUGGAGAUGUCACGUCCUGGCUCGACCGGGCAAAGGAGAACAAUGGGGGACGCUACAGCGAGACCCACGUGGAGAACGUCAAAGUGCUGGCCAGGCUCUUCCCUCUUUACAGCCUGCAGCUGCUGUACAGAGCCUGCAUCACACAGAUAGCUUCAGGCUACUACAUCCAAACCAUGCACUCCAACCUCCACCAUAAAGACUUCCUCUUGCCCAUCGGUCUCAUGAACGUCAUCAGUAUCCUGCCUCUGCUGCUCCUGGCCCCACUCAUAGAGUGUGUCACUACCUGUUACCUCUCUGCGGAGAAGGUUCCCCUGGCUCCUGUCAAAGUCAUCACCCUGGGCCAUGGGUGUGCAGCCUUGUCCAUGCUGGUGGCAGGUCUGAGUGAGCUGCACAGAAAGGCCUACCCCCUGCUGGAGCAGACUCUCUCAGGCAAGGUCUUGUUGGUUUCAUCCAUGCCUUGUUUCCAGCUGGCUCCUCAGUACAUCCUGCUCGGUCUGGCGGAGGCGCUCGUCACCCCGGCUUGUACUCUUAUAUCUUUUCAACUGACUCCUAGUCACAUCAGAGGGAUCUCCCUGCACUUCCUAACUCUGUCCUAUGGAGGGGGCUGUUUCCUCGGGGCACUCAUCACGCAGCUGUUGUAUUUUAUUUCAGGGGGGAACUUCUACCCAUCUUUACCCCAUGAAGGAAAUCUAGAAAGGUUUUUCUUCUCCUUGGCCACAUUAAUGGCCAUAAAUGCCCUGGUGUUCUGGAAGAUAUCCUACAGGUACAUAGACUUGAGUGUCCAGGGCAGGGCACUGACAGUCAGCCCGCUGGCUGAGAAGUUGCUGCGCUACAAGGCCUGUCUGAGGUUUUAUGACACCGUGGAGCACUCCUACGCAAACGCUUCCAUUGAAUCCAUCUUGUGAAUCAUGAAUUCUCUAUGGUUAUGUAGUGCGGGCGCUACAGAACCCUAUAGCUCCAACUAGUUGUUUGACAUGUGUUGUUGAAAUUGUACUUUGAACAUUUAGGGAGACUUGAUACUAAACUUUUUUUGGGGGGAUAAAGGUGUGAUUUCAAUUAUGGAACUGUGUUACUUUCAGUCAGCCCAGGAGACUGCCAUACUGAUACAGAGAAACUGGGAGGAUAUUCAAGGGGGAAUCAAAGAGGCAGAGGCUAGUAAGAUUGUUAAUAGUUCUACAGUGGUGGGAUGACAGCAGAACAAGGAAAAAGAGAGUGCAACAGCAAUGCAAAGCUAAUGCACAAGACCAAAAAAGCAGAAGUCUGUGUUUAAGAUACAUUUGUUGCUGUUUUGUUAUAUUGUAUAUUGUUAUAUUAUAUAAGUAAAUUAUGUAUGACAUUAUUUAUGUUAAGCUUUCAAUAAACGAACCUAACUUAUUCUGUCAAUGCCUCAUCUAUAUUGGUAUAUUUGUUUGGUUGUAUUUUUACCUAUUUUAAUUUUAUAUAUGAAGGCCUAUGCUACAUUGUAUAUGCAAUUAUAAUACCACAAUUAUUAAUGAAGAGACAGAGAACUUAAUUAAUACAUUCCUAACUCUACCACGUCUACGUGAUAGUUGCUCACCAAUAUUGGUGAGCAACUAUCAUGGCACCUGGAAAUAGUUAUAGCAUCGGCUGGCAGCCUACAUUUUUAAAGCAUAAUUUGAAACGAGCAAAACGCUUCAGAUUUUGCUUAUGUUCACCCGUUUAGGCACACGCCAAGGAGCGGAAAAAUGUGACAUGCGAGAUUUCAAAAAAUAACGCGAGAUGUAUGUCGUCACCUAGAAACAGUGCAAGUGUUUGUUUUUUGUCUGGAUACCACCGAUGCUACCAUUUCGUAUAGCAUCGUGCUAGAUGGAUUUACCGCAUCCCAUCAGGAAACGUUUAGAAGAUUUCUCCCGAAGCGUGUUUAGUGAUCCAAGCAGGACUGAGCUAACCCCCGAAGACCAUGGCACAUUAUUGGAGCCCAGCAAACAAGUCGUAUCGAGUCUACCACUCCAGAUGUCUCUGUUCUUCAACAUGUGUUUCUUCCCCUUGUGGUGGAUCUGUGAAGUUGUGAUGCUUCAGCUUAAGUAUUCUGCCCUUCCAGACUACUACAAGUUCAUACUCGUCACUGUCAUUGUUGUGAUGACUGUGAUAGAGGCUAUACGACUCUAUCUAGGCUAUGCCGGGAAUCUACAAGAAAAGGUUCCAGAGCUGGCCGGUUUCUGGCUGCUGAGUAUCUUGCUGCAGUUUCCAUUGAUCCUCUUCCUGCUUUUCAAUGAGUCCAUUAUUAUUCAGCCCCUGGAAAGAGGGGUUCACAUAGUCCUUAGCCUCUUUCUCCUCACACAGGCUGUGUCUGGCUUUUCAGCGCUGCGCGAGAUGGUCAGACACACAGAGAGCCAGUUCCACCUGCGUCAGUUUGACUAAAUGCUACAUUUUUUAAACCAUUAUCGAAUGGAAAAAGCACAAUACAUGGCAGUAAUUAUUAUUAAUUGUAUUCCACAAAAUCUGAUGUCAAAGAACAGUGUUAUUUGCUUUUAAAAAUAUAUUUUUAUAUUGAA